CAUCAGCUGAGCCGUAUGCUAAACAUCUAUGUAGAAGAUAUGCGUUUUGCGCAGGACGUAGAAUGCAACUCUUGUGUAAACACCCCUUACUCGUGUAAGUCCUGAAUAAGGAUACAACGUGUCUCUGCUAUCGAGUUCUCUAUAAGGGAUUCGAUCUAGUGUAAAAAGAGCCUAAAAAUAUGUUAGGUUAUACAAUCGAGAUUUCUUAACUGCACGAUUCUUUAUAAUUUCAACAAAUUUGUCUUACCAUAGGACCAUAUGCAAAUGUUCUAAUGCUUCAAUGUGAAUCUCUAUUUUAACCUUAGUCUCAAGCAUAGUUGGAGUGGUGGAUAUCUUUUCAAUCCAAAGUCAAUUUGUGAGAUUAGAGUUGUUAAAGUUCUACUUAAUAAUUGUAUAUAUAAAACUGAGUUUUUUGUAUAUCGGAAGACCCAUUUGGAGAGCAUUCUACAUAUCGAAUUGGUUUGAUAGAGAUAUGAUGUCCAUCGGUCGUAGAGUUGGUUUUGCUGAUAUGACAGCAAUGUCAGAAAUUGAUGAAAUUGGAAUUAACCAAAAUCUAAACGUUCGAUACAACAGUGACAUAAUAUACACUUAUACCGGAUCUAUUCUUCUAGCUGUAAAUCCUUAUAAAACCAUUAAUAUAUUUAACAAGCAAACAAUUUCUGAAUAUCAUAUGUGCAAGCUUGGAGAUUUAUCCCCGCAUGUGUUUGCUGUAGCCGAAGCAGCUUAUACCAGCAUUGUCGAUGAUAAUAUUAAUCAGGCAUGUGUUAUAUCUGGUGAAUCUGGAGCUGGGAAAACAGAGAGUACCAAAUUUAUACUGCAGUACUUAUGCACAAUUACUUCAAACGUUUCAUCCUGGGUACAGCAGCAGAUUUUAGAGGCCAACACUAUUUUGGAAGCAUUUGGAAAUGCCAAAACAACAAGAAACGAUAACAGUUCUAGAUUUGGUAAAUUUAUGCAAGUUUGCUUCGACGACAACAACUGUAUUAAAGGAUGCGUAAUUCUUGAUUACCUGCUCGAACAAUCUCGGAUAACAUUUCAAAGUGUAGGGGAACGAAACUAUCAUAUUAUGUAUCAAUUAGUAGCUCAAGGCCAAAAAAAUAUUGGCAUAGCAAAAUCCUUUCAUCUAAGGCCACCUGAGUUUUACAAAUAUCUAAAUACAUCCAAUUCUGAAAAAAUAAAUAUGAACAUAGAGUCAAAGAAGUUUGAUGCCGUAACCAUGGCGUUUACGGUUUUACAAAUUCCCCAAUUCGUUAUAGAUGGCGUUUUUAAAGUUCUCAGUUCCAUUUUGUGGCUAGGUAAUAUAGAGUUUAUAGACGUGGAUGGAGAAGUCACCGACUUUUCAAGAUCGGACCAAGAAGCGAUAUCGAUUAUAUCAAACCUUUUGGGACUAAGUCGAUGUGAUUUUAAAAAGGUUUUAUUAAUCCGCCAAAUAAAUGUUCGAGGAAAUAUUACGGAAAUUCCUUUAAAAAUAAAAGAGGCUUUGGAAAAUCGACAUGCUUUGGCAAAAGCAUUGUACUCAAAAACGUUUACAUGGCUGGUUUCGAAAAUAAAUAACUGUACAAAUCCAGGACAAGAUGACGCUAAAUUUCUUGGAGUUCUCGAUAUAUUUGGAUUUGAAAAUUUUUCUCAUAACUCAUUUGAGCAACUAUGCAUUAACUAUACCAACGAAAAGCUUCAUAAGUUUUUUAACCAUUAUGUUUUCGCCUUAGAGCAAUCAAUCUAUGAACAUGAAGGAAUACACUUUAAUCAUGUGGAGUUUACAGAUAACACUCCUUGCUUGGAAUUACUAGAAAAACCUCCGCGAUGUGUGUUCAAGCUACUGACAGAACAGUGUCAUAUGCCAAAAGGGUCUGAUUCGGCUUUUUUAAGUAAUAUGCACACUGAGUUCGAGUCACACCUAAAUUACAUUAAAGGAUCUGAUCGCCGUCAUUGGAAAACCGAGUUUGGAAUAAAACAUUAUGCAGGUCUUGUAAUCUACGCUGUGGGCGGAUUUGUGGAAAAAAAUCGAGAUGUACAACAAGAUGUAAUGUUUGAAUACAUGAGCUGCAGCAAGGACGUGUUUAUAAAAGAUUUAUCAAAAUACCAGGAUAUCCAAUUCAUCAAUUCAAGUUAUCCACGAGGAUCAUCGAAAUCAAAAUGCACUGUAAGCGAUAAUUUUCGCCAUCAGUUACAGUCCCUUAUAGAUGUUCUCCAAAAUACAAAGCCUUGGUACGUUCGUUGUAUAAAACCUAAUUUGCAAAAGCGACCAAAUAACUACAACAGCUCUUUAGUUCUCGAUCAACUAAAAUAUCUUGGAGUUGUGGAUAUUAUUCGAAUAAGAAGAGAAGGAUUUCCAAUACACUUUAGUCAUGAAGACUUUGAAGUUAAAUAUAAAUGUCUUAUCAAGAAUAAAUCAUUUGAACAUCCACAAAAAUAUUUAACGAAUAUUUUGGAAAAAAGCGGCAUGCCUCCUACUGAAUGGCAAAUAGGAAAAACUAAAAUAUUUUUGCGCAAUGCGGCAUAUGAACUGUUGGAGACUAAUCGAAAAGAUAAAAUUUAUAAAAAUGCCGUUAUUAUUCAAAAAAUCUGGAAAAGGUACUAUUGCCAAAAAUCGUUUUUACGCAAUAAACAAGCUGUUCUGAGAAUACAGCAUGCGUAUAGGGGCUGGAGAUUAAAAAUUCGUUUUAUGAGAAUGCGGCGUAGUGCUAUUGUCAUUCAAAGUCGACUCCGCGGAGUUUUUGCUAGAGAGGUAGCAGCAGCAUUAAAAGAAAUGAAGCGCGUUGAUGAAGAAUUAAAAAAGAGUGAUGGAAUCUAUGAGCAAUUAACCAGCAUCAACACAAAAACUCUUGCUGAUUGUGAGAGAUAACAUUCGCGCCUCAGCUAAGCCACAUUCCGAUAAGAAUGAUUUUGAAAGCAAUACUGCGAG